UCGAAUGUAGGGGGAGUCCGGGAGAGUCUAGCAGGUGGGAGACAAUAGCCGCUGCUCAUAGAAUAUUUGUGGCACGAGAUGUUACGACAUUGCCACACUUCUCAGACGUCAUAGGCACCUCCCACCCCGCUCACGUAGCGCCGUUACAAUCGGCAGUUUGGUUUGGAAGUAAGAAGUGGCAACACGUUUUCGUACCUGGAAAGUGAGUUUAUUCAGUUUUCGACAUUUGAUCUCUGUUCUUUACUGUGGAUAGAUUCCAGCACGCCACUUAUAUACACCAGAAUGCCCUUCAACUAUAGAAAAAAACAAACAACUAGAAAGAGAAGCAAUUUAGAUCUGUCAGUAAUAAAAAAUGCUUUAGGUGACAUUGAUCAAGGAAAGUCUAUCCGAGGUGUUGCUUUGGAAUAUGGAAUUGACAGAAAUACCUUAAGAAAUUAUUUAAGAGACAGGUCUAAAUUGACUAAAAUAAGUGAACAAGGAAGCCAGUUUAAAACAUCUAUGAUAUUUACAAUCGAAGAAGAGAAGGCGCUUGUUGAAUAUCUUAUAGCUUGCAGCAAAAUGAAUUAUGGAUUAACCAGACAGGCGACUAUGCAGCUAGCAUAUGAAUAUGCAACAAUGAAUUCCAAAAAGGUUCCAGAUUGUUGGACUUCCAACAACUGCGCAGGAAAAGAUUGGUUCCGGGGAUUUAUGACCAGAAACCCUGAACUAAGUUUGAGAACCCCAGAAGCCACCAGUUUAUCCAGAUCAACCAGCUUCAAUAGAAAAACGUUACUGAUUUCUUCGAGAACCUCAAAGAAGUUAGAGAAAAAUACCAAUUUGAAGCACAUAACAUCUCUAACUGUGAUGAAACAGGGUGUACGACUGUACAAGAGUGUCCCAAAGUAAUAGCGAGCAAGCAUAUGCGUCAAGUAGGACAAGUUACUUCAGCUGAACGCGGCAGCCUGGUGACCGUUUGCUUCGCUGUGAACGCUCUGGGAAAUGUUCUUCCUCCAUUUUUCAUUUUCCCUAGGGUUAGAUACAAC